AUGGUGAGUAGACCUGGGAGUCACUUAGUUCGAGGUCCAGAUACUAACGCAUCUCUCAUGGAACAAUUCGAACGUUAUACUCCUCGUUUUCCAUUACCAGACGAAAUACAAAACAUGAAUCGAAAUGAAACUGUUUGUCAGUUUUGUGGUGUCAGUUAUUUAAUUCAUAAUGAAAUCAAAGCAUUAGAAGCAAAAUGUCAGAAAUUAGAAACAGAAUUAGCUUACUAUGCCGGUAUAACUAGUCGUGAACAAGCUUUGGAACAAACAAUACAAAAUCAACGUUUAAAAAAUAACGAAUUAGAAAUAUUACUUGCCGUUAAAGAUCAACAUCAGCGUGAUAAUACUAUAGCAGAGUUAAAAAAUGUUCGCAUUGAGUCACAACAGUCAAAUAAUCGAUUAAACAAUGAUUUAGAAUUAGCAAAAAAUGAAAUAAAUGUUCGGCAAGAUAAGAUUAAUCAUUUGAAAAAAGUUUUAUACAAAACUGACCAAGAAAAACAGGAAUUAUUUCUGUCGUUAACUAAACAACAGACAUCAUACGCCACUUUAGAAAAACAUUGUACAGAAAAAGACGAAAUUAAGAGAAAUCUCGAUUUAAUAUGUGAACAGUAUCAACAACAAUUUAAGGAGGAAAAAGAACUUCGAACAAAAAUUGAAACUGAACUAGCAAUGACUCGCACAAAAUUAGUACAAUUGAGUACAGAAUGUGAACAGUUAAAUACAACGAAACGAAGUCUAGAAAAUGAUAUAGAAACAGUACGUACAAAAUUUCAACACUUAGAUACCAAUAUGAAGCACAAAUUAGAAGACACAGCCAAAGCACGUGAUGCUAUUUUAGAACGUACACGAGAAGAAUACGAAAAACUUUUACAUAAAUAUAAUUCUUUAGAAGAAUUAAAUCGGGAAUUGAUUGAUAAUAAUUCAGAAUUAAAUACAUUGAGAAAAGAAUUAGAAUAUUUACAUAAUGAAAAUAUUGAGAACAAAAAACAAAAAGAAACUAUAACUAUUGCUCAUGAAUUAGAAUUAAAUAAAAUUCAUAAUAGUUAUCACUCAAAAUUAAAAAAAGCUGAACAAUGGCCUGAUCGAUUACAAAUUGAAUUAAAUCGUGAAAGAGAACAACAUUGUGCACAAAUGAAAGAUUUGGAAACAUCACUUAAAGAGGGAUUUAAAGCUGAACUUGAUAUUGAAAAACAAAAAUAUAUUGGUCUGUUAAAAAAAUAUGAAAAUGAUAAUGGUAAUUUUACUCAAAAAUUAAAACAUGAAUUGAUAUCGACUGAAAAAGUAACUAUUGAACAACGUCAACAUUAUGAAAAUGAAAUUGAACAAUUGAAAAAUGAUAAAAUAACAUUGAAAAAUGAAUUGGAUACAUUACGAAAAGUUUUAAAAGAACUUCAUGAACAAGCAAAUCAUCGUGAAUUAAAUAAAGAGAAUAAUACAAAUAAUUUGAAGUUAAAAGAAGAUUUAUUACAAAAAGAAACAAAUCUCUUUAAUACACAAUCACAACUAGCUGAAAUGAAACGUGAUUUAGAACAAGCGAGAGAAGAAGUUAUUACACUUCAAGAAACUGUUCAUAAAGAAUGUACAGAACGUGAAGAAUUAAAAGAUGCGCUCAUUAGUGCCAGAGAACAGUUAUUAACAUUGAAAAAAAAUGGAGUUUUAAAUGGCAAUGUUAGUCACGGUUCACGUGCAUUACAUUCACCGCCACUCGCCUAUCGAGAUAUUGAACGUCGUGUCUCCGGUCCUAUUCCAAAUCCUACCAAUGUAAUUCGUACACGAAAUUCAACUAGCAGUGGUAAUGGUACAGGAACAUUUAUACGAUCAGAGCCAACAUUGACACGAGAAGGUAGCUCAGAUUCAGUUGCUCGACCAUUAUCAUCUCAAGGACAAUAUCGUCUAAGAACAUUACCGCCAAUUAAUAAUCAAGUGACUAAUCCAAUGCCUGCUCAAAGAAAUCGACGAGUUAGUGAAAAUAAAUCAUCGAAUAAUAAAGAAACUCUACUUGAAAAUCAACGUAGAAUAGCCCGUUUUAUCAGGCAUAUUAAGUAA